AUGAACACUCAAAAGUGUGACCAAACGUUCGUGAGUCGUCCAAACGGUCCUCAAAACGGUACAUUUACGGCUCCGAAUUUUUCAAAUUUAGGGGGUCACUCUCGCCAGUGUAUAUAUACGUUUGUUGCUGGACCCAAACAAAGGGUCGAAAUUGUUUUUAGUCAAUUUAGCCUCAGAGGAACUCCUCCAGAGUGCGUACACGAAUACAUGGAUGUGUAUUCAGAAGUUCAAAAACCUGAUGCGACAGAGCUAAUAAAUUCGCCUUUUGGGGGGAGGUAUUGUGGACCCAUACCCCCCAGAAGACGUAUAUCUUUAUUUCGUAUUAUCGUUCUUGGAUUUUACACUGAUAAAAAUAAUACGACUCCUGAUCUUUUCACCGGAAAAUACACUUUCAUCAACGACUCCGAAUAUGAAAUUGGGGCGCCAAUAAAAAACUCACCUUGUAGUUUCAUUAUUCAAGCAACAAAAAAACGUACAGGAGUUUUAUUAUCUCCUACGUAUCCCGGAUCAUAUCCCAAAGAUCUUUUUUGUAGUUAUCAGUUCCUAGGUCAACCCAAUCAAAGAGUCAGAGUCGAAUUCAGGGAUUUUGAUUUGUUUUUUGGUGGACCGCAUUGUCCGUUUGAUUACGUCAAAGUUUACGAUGGUCUUGAUAACACUUCAGCUGUUAUUGGUACUUAUUGCGGUCAACAAAGAAAUUUGGUUCUUUAUUCUUCGGAUAAUUACA